AGUCGGCAUCGACGAUUCCCGUUUUUCCGAUCGCCCGAUAUCAGGUCCGCGGACGAGGCGGCCGAAGCGCCCUGCCGAGCGAUUGCAGCUGAGCCCCGAGGAGAAGCGGCCGCGGACGGCCUUCAGCCCGGAGCAGCUGCAGAGGUUGACCAACGAGUUCACGCUCAACAAGUAUCUGACCGAGCCGAGACGCCAGUCGCUCUCGAGGGAGCUCGGCCUCAACGAGGCCCAGAUCAAGAUCUGGUUCCAGAACAAGCGCGCCAAGAUCAAGAAGGCCAGCGGCCAGAAGAAUCCGCUCGCGCUGCAGCUGAUGGCCCAGGGGCUCUACAACCACUCCACGGUGCCGCUCACCAAGGAGGAGAUGGAGCAGGCCGCCGAGCUGCAGGCCAAGUGAGCCUCGCCCGGGCGCGCGCGCGGUCACUGCCGGGUGCCGACAGGGCGCCUUCCAGCGGGAGCAGUGAUCGCGGAGAUUCCGCCGAGCACGGACGCAGCGUUGCGCGGAGCGCUCCAGGCGCGGGCGAGCAAGGCGGCCGAGCGUAGGCGCCCCCAGCCCCAUCGUGGCUCCGUAAACUUAUUGUACAGUAUAAUGUAAAAUAGCACUGCGCGGCCAGACAGCGAGGAGAGGUAAUUGCGAUGUGCAAUAGAACUUUAUAAAUAUGUGUAGUUAAAGAUAUAUAGCUGGAGCUCGGUCGCUCGCGCGCCGACGCGGAGCCGACGCGGAGCCGACGCGGAGCCGACGCGCAGCCGACGCGCAGCCGACGCACAGCCGACGCGUCCUUGUCUAAGAUAAUCGACGAUAAUCGACCUGUACAUAUAAAUACAUCAGUCGUCUGGUGUAAUUGCUUAUAGACUGUUCAAGAUAAUUUAGUUAUUUAUUUAUCGAUUAUAAAUAAUGAAGCGCGCGGCCGCGAACUACUGCUGCGCGCACGCGCACCUGAUAGAAUGAGCGUGGACGAUGCGCAGCAUAAAGCAACACUCGAGAAGAUAUGUACGCGUGCGUGCGCAACGAUGAGGCAGAGCAAAACCGUGAUGAUUAAAUAUUCCCAAUAUG